AUGAUUGGAUCUGGAUCGGCAAUAGGAACUGUCGUUGGUGACGAUAGUCACAUUGUCGCUAAAAUAGGCAAGGAUAUCGGGGCUAAAUCAUUAUUUAACAAAAAGCUAUUAAUAGAGCUAAUUAUGAAAAGAUAUUCUUUUCCUGAAAAUCAUCGUCCUCUAAUGUGGCGUUAUAUACUUCGUAUUCCAAUGAAUGACGAACAAUAUACAACAUUAGCUUCUCAACCAGUUCAUCCAACAAUACGUUUAUUACCUAAUUCAUUACCAAUUAGAUUUUCUGCAGUUUCACACAGAUUAAUGCGUAUACUUUCAGCUUUAGUUUACUGGCAUCCUCCUCUUGCUGAAUGUGACUGGCUUCCAGCUCUAGUUUAUCCGUUUUUAGUCAUUUUCGGACGUGAUAAGCUUGCAACUUUCGAAGUAAUCAUGACAGUUAUUACAAAUUGGUGCAGCGAAUGGCUUCAUUUCAUUCCAAACCCACCAAUUACAAUCUUAUCAAGAAUUGAUAAGAUAGCAAGAAGGCAUGGUGGUGAGGCACCAUUAGCACGUGCAUGGCCAGCUCUCAGAAGCUUUUGUGGCGAAGUUGCUUCCACAGAAGUUGCUAAAAUGAUUUUAGAUAAUAUUCUUUCAUUCAAGCCAGUUUUCAUCGAAUAUUUAAUUGCAUCAUAUGCAUUACUCAAACCAGGAAGUAUUAUUGAUGAAUUCAAUUACAAAUUUGUCAUCAAUCGCGCAAGAAAGUUUUUCGAACAAGAAGCAGCUACUUCUCCAAAUCAAAACAAUUUCUCACCAUUACCACAUGGAUAUUAUCCAAUUCUUCCAAUUGUCGAGAAGAGUCAGAUGUGGCGUGAGAAAGAAUUACAGAGAAUCAGAAGUGAAGCUGAACAAACUCGUCAACAAGCAGCUCUUGUUAAAGAAAUUGAACAAGAGUCAACUCGCAUUGAAAUGCAGCGCCAGUCUUGGAUGGCUGAACGCCAAUUCCUUCGAGAUAUCGAAGAAAUUCAAAUGGACGAAUUCAGACGUCGCGAGAAGGAGCAAUUAAUGAGAGAGAACUUAACAGAAGAAAGACAGAUUGCACAGAGAUUAGAGAGAAUGAAGGAAAGAAAGAUAGAGGAAGAAAACGCUAUCACAGAAUGGCAAGAUGAAAUAAAGAAGGUUGAGGAUGAAACAAAGCAGAUUGUCGACAUGAGAAGAGAAAAUUGGGGAAGAUGGUUGAACUUAAAGGAAGAAUCAGCCAAAGUCGACAAGCAACAGGUUGACCAAGAACUCUACUUGUUGCAACAGAAAGAGAACUUGUUCGGCAAUCAACUUGAUGAGCACAAGAGAGUUAUGGAUGAAGCUGCACAAGAAGAAGCCAAGAUCCUUGGUGAUGCAGUCAGAAACAGUCAGAAACUUGAAGAUGAGAAGAAUGACUUAAGACAGUCAUUAGAAAGAGCAAGACGUAACCAAGAAAAGUCUUUUUCAUUCACAAGACAAAAAUUAUAA